GUAAUCGUGACUUGUGCAGCGUAUGGUGAAAUAUAGGCGCGCAGUUGUUUAAUCGUCGAUGAUGUUGCGUAGUGGGCAGUGAUAUAAUUGGAAAACACGUUAACAAAUCGUCGGAAGAUAAUAAAGAAGCAACGUAUUGCAGGACUAGGUUGCUUGCAGUACUGAAUCAAAAUGGAAUCAAUGGAUGCGCGUCUUGUGGCGCAAGCAUUGAACUACCAUGGCCAACAGUUGCAGAAAGUGUGGGAGGGAGAACGCAACGAGAACGAGCUGGCCAUGCUUAAUCUCAAGGAACCAAAUUUUGAAAUCUACCAACAACGUCAAAAGACUCUGAGUUUCGGUGAUAGAGGAAAAAGGCUAAAGCUACAGCAGUUCCUUGCAAAGAAGGCAGAUGCUCUUUAUGAUAAAUCAAAUUUGGAGAAAACAGUUGAACCUAUUAAGCAAGAAUUAGGAGAUGAAGAGUUUGGUCAUUGGAGAUGUUAUUUACGCGCAAGUGAUGGGUAAAAGUGCUGCUGGGCUUCUUCUGAAGGUGCUUUGCAACUGCAGCGAUUGCCCCAGAGUUGUUACCGAUUUAGGAGUUAAGGCUCUAAUAUUGAACACGGCCACAGUGCCGGCGGUGGACAAGAAAGGUGUAACAAGAGGCUACAUGGCAAAUGACCUCAUCUGCGUCGUAGUCAGUGAAGUUAACGUUGAAGCCGAACGAGUUGUUGCAGUUAUGAACGUACCUGCCCGAGAAGGGCAAGCACCACACCCACCUAUGGGACUUAUCCAUUCUGAUGAUCUUCCAGAAGCUUAUAAGAAAGCAAUGGACAACAAAGGACAGUCUUACGAAGCGAUGUUGGAGAAUAGUACUGGCUUCAACAACCCAAACAACAUUAAAUAUCUUUGCGACUUGAUGGGUCUCGGUCAAGAAAACCACUCCAAUAUGGUUGGUUUGAGAGAAAGAUUCCCACCCAAUGAAUAUGCAUCCGAAUUGAGACAAGCGCAGGCCAGUAAGUGGGCAUUCCGAAGCGUGGCUGAAGGUAUAGAUCAUUUCAAGGCUGGACGUCAUACAGAAGCCUUCCAGUGUCUCAAUAAGGCACUUACCGUAGACCCGCGAAACGUCGAAGGUUUAGUGGCACGUGGAGCAUUAUUUGCUAAUAGCGGCAGUUUCAAGAAAGCGAUCGAUGAUUUUGAGACAGCGUUGAAGUUGAAUCAAACUCAUACGAACGCACGUAAAUACAUGGCUGAGACUCUGGUUGCUCUAGGUCGAAGUUACGAAGAUGAAAAGAAGUAUGAGGAAGCUCAAAAGGCAUACGAAAAUUGUUUGGCGAUUGCUCCAUUCCACGAAGAAGCUAGAAACUCUAUCGAGUACAUCAAGUCUAAGACCUUAACAUCUUCUUUGAAUCCUUUGGAUACAUUCAAGAGUUUCGAAACUGAGAACGAUGUCGGCGAAAACAAGAAAGAAAAGAAGAAACGCAAGAAAGAGAGGAAAUCGCGUUCCAAGAAGAGACAAAGAUGGAGUUCGAGUUCCAGUUCAUCAUCGAGUGGAUCUUCGAGUUCCAGUUCCUCCGAGUCCAGCAGUUCUUCUUCAUCCGCAAGUUCACGAUCAGCGUCCCGAUCGCCUAGUCGCAAGCGGAAACAUAAAAAAGAUCAUCGCGGCUCGCUUUCACCUCUCAGCAAGCGAAUGGCCCAAUACAACAAUCCACCAGCUGCCACCACAGCUGCACAUGACGUAAUCGCUCCAGUGUCUUACAGCUCCAAUACUCGUGAUAAGAUGGAUGAUUACGAGAUAAAAGUACGGAAAUUCCUAGAACAGACUAAAGACGACUCUGAUUAUGAGGACAAAGUUAGAAAAUUCUUGGAAGAAACGGCUAGGUGGAAGAGGGAAAGGGAGAAGGAAAAGAAACAUUCAGAAAGUGAGAAAAUGAAGAAGAAGAAGAAAAAAGAAAAGAAAGGAAAGGACAAAGAGAAAGAGGAUAAGAAAAGUAGGAAGAAGAAGAAGAAAGAAGAGCGAAAGAAACGCAAAAAUAAGGACAAGCUUGAACGUGAUUUAGAAGCCUUAAAAAAGUCUUCGUUGCCGGAUUUAGAACAAUUGGAAUCAAAACUGAAUGCGUAUUAUGCAAAAGUUGAAAAAGAGACUGCUGUCUUGAAAAGGUAUGUAGCUCAGUAUAAUGACAUAGCUUCCCCUCUUAGCAACGCGGAGAAGCUCGCUGAAAGUUCACGAAGGGAAGAAGAGCUGCGCAGAGAGAGGGAGAGAGAGAGAGAUGAAGCUUCAAAGGCGUAUCACGAACGGGAAGCUAGAGUACCAAUGACCGCACAGCAACGUAAAGAGAUUCAAAGGAAACCACUGACAGACAUAUUUGAACAAGAAUCGCAACUGAUUCAUCCGGAACCGAAGUUACCUACUCUCGACACGGCUGCAUUAAAUGCGAAAUGGAAAGCUGCACAAGCUGCUAGACAAAAGGAUGUUCUCCCACAAAAAUGGCAAGAUGUUCCGCCAGAGAACAAAAAGAUGCAAUCCAAUGUCGAUAGCGACGAGGACGAUGAUAAUGAGCUCGAAGAGAAAUUGCAGCGUGCGGCGUUGGAAAAGUCCAUGAAUAUACGCAAGCAAAUGCAGCGUGAACUCGCAGAGAAGAGAGCAGCAGCUGCUCAGCCUAUGUCCGCGCCGACUCCACCGCCAUUGCCCAAAGAACCUCCGAUGCCAAAACAGGCACCGGUGAAAUAUCCUACACCACAACCGCAGAACAAAUUCCAGUCAUACAAGGAUCCUUCUAUAUCGGCGCCGCAAACAACACCGACGAAGUUCAGUUCAAAUAACAAUCUUGGUGGCAAGUUUCAACCGAUUGGACAGAGUGGUAACAGUGGUGCUGGCCAUCCACCAGAACCACCGCGUCCUCCUCCACCAGCGAAAAACCAAAACCAGGCCAAAGGACCCAGAACAGAUUCUGACAGCGAGACAGAAAGACAACAUAGACAGACGCCUAAGAAACGCGAGUCAACGGGCAGAGGAGGAGCUGUAACGAAACGAAUGAGCAGAGACCGGCCGGCGAAACGUUCGCGCAGCAGAUCGCGCAGUGCCUCCAGUUCAGGUUCUUCGAGGUCUCGUUCACCAAGAAGAAGCCGUUCAAGAUCCUACUCAAACCGCAGAUCCGGAAGUUACGAAAGAAAGUACAGUCGGUCACCAUCAGGCACUUACAGUAGAUCACGUUCUAGAUCGCGUUCCCGAUCUUAUACCAGAAGUCGUAGCCGCAGCAGGUCCGGUGAUAGGAGUUACUAUCGCAAGAGACAAUUUCGGCCGUAUAAUAACCGCGGCACUUACUACAAGCCCCGUUUCCAGGGCUUCAACAAUCCGAACCAUCGUGGCGGUGGUAACAAUUUCCAAAAUCGCAACCGGUUCUAUAAUAAUCAGCAUAACAAUCGCUUUGGCAAUAGACGUGGCGGUGGUUUCAAUAAUCGUGGUGGUGGACGCGGACGUGGUGGUAAUCGUGGCGGUCGAUUUUUCCACGGUAAGCAGGGCUUCCGCGACUUCCGAGAUAGGCGAGACUUCAGAGAUCGUCGUGCCGCUUCCCGCGAUAGAUACAGCGAUCGUAGUUACUCACCCGAUCCGAUGAGAAAGGUCGACGAAGCGAAGGAAAAGAUCAACAAGAUGCUCGAGGGCGGGGACGACGUGAUGGAGCAUCAGCAGGGUGGCGGAGGGUCGAACGUUCCUCCGAGUAAAAGACAAGAUGGGCCUUUGAGCGAAGGUGAAGAAAGGGACGACGAUGACUACGAGAGGUGGGGAGAGGGCGAGGGGGGCGACACAGCUAAUAAGAAUGAGGUCGGACCUGUCGACGAUAACCUGGAAGGCAAGGAGUACUUCAUUGAGCGCAUGAAGCAGCGAAGCAAGAAUGUUUUAAUGCAGAGAACCCUUGCUGCUAAG